AUGGCUUCCUCUCUUCUCUCUCCAUCAUUCACUUCCUUCCCCCGCAUAAAGAAGGAUGUCUCUCUCUCUGCUUUCACUUCUCAGCGAUGCUUCAAAGCGCUUCCAAGGAGAAUAAUCCGUUGUGCUGUGGCGGCGCCUCAGCGCCAACCUUCCACCACUGGAUCAGUGAGGACUGCAAUGACCAUGACUGAGAAGAUACUGGCCAGAGCUUCUGAGAAGGUACAGCUGACCCCUGGCGAUAAUGUUUGGGUCAAUGUUGAUAUUUUGAUGACACAUGAUGUGUGUGGCCCUGGUUCUAUUGGGAUUUUCAAGAGGGAGUUUGGUGACGAUGCCAAGGUUUGGGACCGUGAAAAGCUUGUAAUAAUACCCGACCAUUAUAUAUUCACAAGUGAUGAACGUGCCAAUCGCAAUGUAGACAUAUUAAGAGAUUUCUGCCAUGAGCAGAAUAUCAAGUACUUUUAUGAUAUUAAGGAUCUCAGUAAUUUUAAGGUAAAUCCAGACUAUAAGGGUGUUUGCCAUGUUGCCCUUGCUCAGGAAGGUCAUUGUAGGCCUGGAGAGGUUCUCUUAGGUACUGAUUCUCACACUUGUACUGCUGGAGCAUUUGGCCAAUUUGCUACAGGGAUUGGUAAUACUGAUGCUGGCUUUGUGCUGGGAACUGGGAAACUUCUGCUUAAGGUGCCCCCAACUUUGAGAUUUGUAAUGGAUGGAGAAAUGCCUGAUUAUUUGCUUUCUAAGGAUUUGAUUCUGCAAAUUAUUGGUGAAAUAACUGUGGCUGGUGCAACAUAUAAAUCGAUGGAGUUUGUCGGUACAACUGUUGAAAGUUUAACUAUGGAAGAACGGAUGACAUUGUGCAACAUGGUUGUUGAAGCUGGUGGAAAGAAUGGUGUUGUUCCUGCUGACAGCACUACAUUUAAAUAUCUUGAGGGCAAGACAUCUCUGCCAUAUGAACCUGUUUAUAGUGACGAUCAAGCAAGAUUUCUUGCUGAGUAUAGAUUUGAUGUCUCAAAAUUGGAGCCAGUGGUGGCCAAGCCUCAUUCUCCAGAUAAUCGUGCUUUGGCAAGGGAGUGCAAGGAUGUAAAAAUUGACAGAGUAUACAUAGGAUCUUGUACAGGUGGCAAAACGGAGGAUUUCAUGGCUGCUGCAAAAGUUUUUCUGGCAUCAGGUAAACAGGUCAAAGUUCCUACAUUUCUUGUGCCUGCAACACAAAAGGUUUGGAUGGACUUAUACUCCCUUCCAGUCCCUGGAUCUGGUGGUAAGACGUGCUCCCAGAUAUUUGAAGAAGCUGGGUGUGACACACCAGCUAGUCCUAGUUGCGGUGCUUGUUUGGGUGGCCCGAAAGAUACUUACGCACGCAUGAAUGAACCUAAGGUUUGUGUUUCAACUACGAACAGGAACUUCCCGGGCCGAAUGGGACACAAGGAAGGUCAAAUCUAUUUGGCUUCCCCAUAUACAGCUGCUGCAUCUGCAUUGACCGGUUAUGUUACUGAUCCUAGAGAGUUCUUGCAGUAGAAUGUUGUUACAGUCAUCCCAUUGGUGUUGUACACGUUGUUGGUUAGUUGUGUAUUCUCUAGCCAUAAGUUAAAACUGAUAGCUAUUUAAGCCGACCAAUCUUUUGGUAUUUUUUGUCUGAAGAAAUUUUCGGUGACUAUUAUUCAAUUGACACAGUUUUGGUUGUUAAAAAAGAUUGGUUCAUUUAGUACUUGUUGAGUAUGACUUGGUCGUUGCUGUUACAGUUGCAAGUAUGAUUUCAUAUGGAUUUUCUUGUCAA